GAUAUUUAUUGGCCAUAGAACACGAAUAUUCUGCUCAUCAAAAGAAGGAAUUAUCCGCAUUGCAUUUGCAGGGUGUGUCUGCCCGAUUGUUUGUUAUCGUAUGACCCUAACACAAAGCGGUAAGCCCUAACACCAAGUAUGUGGCUAUCCAUGCUGAAAUUAUACAUUCAUAGCUACUUUCAUCCCGCGUAAUCUGCUCUUUUCCCCAAUCAGUCCCUCGCUGAUUCUCUUGAUUACCCUUCCAGUGAGUCAUAUUCAUACCAAGGAAGAAGGCAAGAUGACUGCAGAUCCAAUCGCCAUCAUCGGCACCGGAUGUAAAUUCCCCGGCUCUUCGACCUCCCCAUCCAAGCUCUGGGACCUACUCGUCAACCCCCCCCGCAAUGUAGCCACCAAAGUCCCGGGGAGUCGAUUCAACAUUGACGCCUUCUACCACCCAGACGACUCCCAUCGCGGCACCACCAAUGUCCAGGAAUCAUACUUCCUGUCUGAAGAUAUUUCCCGAUUCGACGCGCCUUUUUUCAAUAUAUCCGCAAGCGAAGCGGGAAACAUCGAUCCACAGCAACGACUGCUUUUAGAAACAGUAUACGAAUCUCUAGAAGCAGUGGGUCUCCCAAUCCAUGAGCUCCAGGGCUCGUCAACAGGUGUAUUCUGCGGCGUCAUGAAUGAUGACUGGAGUCAACUGCUUGCUCUGGAUCACAAAGCCAUCCCGCACUACUCUGCAACAGGAACUGCCCGCACAAAUCUGGCAAACAGAGGCGCUGUCAAAUGUGGGAUGAUUAGACAGAUGGGUAUGCGAGUGGCGAAGGCGUGGCAUCUAUCGUGCUCAAGAGGCUCUGAUGCUAUUGCCGAUGGGGAUCCUAUCGAGAUCCGGCUAGCCGGCCUCAUGACCGGUGUCAGUAUUUCGAAGCCCAUGGAAAGGGUACACAUGCCGGUGAUACGCAGGAAGCGUCGGCCAUAUACCGCGCCUUUUUUUCCUCCUUCGUCAGAAACCCUGGGAGACGACGAUAUGCUAUACGUAGGCUCCAUCAAGACCGUCAUUGACCACACAAAAGGCACCGCUGGUAUUGCGGGUAUUAUCAAGACAUCCCUGUGUAUUCAGAACGAGCCUUCCCCGGGAACCCCUCGCCGUGUAUCGGUUAAUUCUUUUGGAUUUGGCAGCGCCAAUGCUCAUGCCAUCCUGGAGAGCUAUGAGCAUCGAUUGACGAACUCAAAAUUGAACGCCCCUUUCAUUCUCCCAUUCGUUUUCUCCGCAGUAUCUGAGCAGACACUCGCCACGCUUCUUGAGAACUUCAUCCAGUACCUGGAGGAGAAUCCCAAAGUCCACCCCGGAAAUCUAGCAUGGACCCUGAUUCAUCGUCGCUCUGUGCUCUCUCAUAAAUUGAUAUUCUGGACUGCCACGAUUGACAGAUUACAAGAGAAAAUUCGGGAAGCACUGCGCCAGAAAAGCAAGGACUCACCACUGUCCACCGUUGUAACCCAUCUAGCAACAGGGCCCAAGAGUAUCCUAGGGGUUUUCACAGGGCAAGAGAAGUACCGACCGAGAUUCUCCCUACUGGAAGAAUUGAUGGCCCCCGAAUCAAAUUCGCGUAUUGAUCAGCCCAUAAUCUCGCAGACCCUCUGCACAACAGUCCAUAUCGUGCAAGUCAAAUUGCUCUCCACGCUUGGAAUCACAUUCUCCUCUGUUAUCGGUCACUCAUCCGGGGAGAUCGCCACAGCCUACGCAUCAGGCGCCCUGACAGAAUCCGACGCCAUUCGCAUCACGUACUUGCGUGGCUGGAUUGUGAGUAAAAAGCCUGGUCAGAAAGGGGCCAUUAUGGCAGCAGGUAUUUCACCAAAAGAGGCAACGGACAUCUGCUCGAAGCGGCCAACAUCCAACCGGGCCCGCUGGGGGCUAGCACCAAAUUGUACUCGAGUGUGCACGGCAACGGGAAAAUGGCUGACCUUCACACCGCGCAUCCCUGACCUGCGAGUACUGGAAGGACAACAUUGUCACCCCGUUCUCUUCUCACAGGCCCUCACAGAAGCCGUCAGUGAAAACGGCCUUCCUGAUUCGAUCGUCGAGGUUGGACCCCAUCAUGCGCUCAAGGGGCCUGCACUCCAGAAACUUGCCAACUUAAACCCACUUGCAGCAAACAUCCCCUACAUCGGCUUGUCCACCCGAGGAACCAGCGGUCGUCAAAAAUCUCCCAUCGUACCCCUUCGACCACAGCCAAGCCUACUGGUUCAAACACGAUGGCUAAAAUCUUACUGGCAAGCUCGUCACCACCCGCAUCCCCUACUGGGAUCACUAUCGCCAGACACGACGGAGGGCGAGUGGCGUUGGCGCAACUACCCCCACCGGGACGAGCUGGAAUGGCUGGAUGGGCACCAGGUGCAGUCGCAGACUGUCUUUCCGGCGACGGGGUACAUUGCUAUAGCCGUAGAAGCGAGCAAGAUCGUUGCACUGGAUCUGCAGCAGAGUCUACAGUUGGUCCAGGCUCAGCAUCUUGUUGUCGAACAUGCGAUCUCUAUUAACGAAAAUGGCGCGGAGAUUCUCUGUUUGCUGGAUAAGGUCAAAUUCAGUGCUGGAAGCUUAUCGGGAACAUUUUCUGUCUUUGUUGUCGAAGGGGAUAGUUUGAAGAAAUGCGUUUUCGGCCAAGUCACUGUCUUCUGGGGAGAGGAGGAUGCCGGUAUCUUGCCCUCGAGGUCAACGGACUCUGGGGCAGGUUUGAGAACAGGCUUGACAAUCGGCGUGGACGAAUUCUAUCAAUACCUUGCCCAGCUCCGGUACAGCUACAACGGACCCUUCCGAAGCAUGGUCUCCAUCAAGCGCAAAGGCGACCAAUCAACCGGAGAAUUGACCAACCAAGUCGACUCACCGUUCUUGAUCCACCCAGCUGUCAUGGAUACUGGAUUCCAAGCCCUAUUCGCUGCGCUCGAGGCUCCAGGUGACGGAUGGCUGACGACUCUUCACGUCCCGACCCGCAUCGAGAGUACAACAAUCAAUUCGAACGCGUUCGGGUCGACCAGCGCAUUGGUUAACGGCACCGGGCAUGCGAAAAAACCGCAUCGGCUCCUAUUACAUGAAAAAGGUCAACGCACAAUUAACCGAGAGAGACCACCAGGAAUUAGACUGGCAAAGUCCCGCAUCGUGGCCUGGAUGAGCCAUGUUCUCUCUGUGACCCGUGCCGGAAAUCAUACCAUCUGCAAGAAGGAAUGGUUUGACGAUACCGAAGAGGACGUUCAACGGUUGCUGCAAAAGCUUGGUGGUAUUGAAGCCACCAUGCUGCAGAAUGUGGGCGAGAAUCUUCUAUCCUUCCUGCAUGGGGAGGUGACGGUGGCUCGACCUGAUUCUGAUCGGAGGAGAAACAACUCUUCUCGUGGCGCUAUAAGGAAGAUCCUGUCUCACCAUUUCAGCCAUGUAAUUGAUGCGCGCAUGUUGGAGGCCCUGGCUAGGCGAAAAGAAUGGCAAUCCACCGCUCCUGUUGUUUUGUACCUCGUUGAGGCCGACGAGCCCUGCUUCCAGAGUCUUACAGAGAAACGGCCAAGCGUGCUUAAAACACUCGUUAGCAGUGCCCAGAAGCUGCUAUGGGUGAGUAUUGGCUCGGAGGCCGAGAAUCCGUACUUGAGCAUGUCCCGGGGGUUCCUGAACUCGCACGCACCGACGAUCUCCACGCCAGUAAGCUGGUACUGGAAGCUCCUGAGCACUGGCAUUGCCAGUCUCGACGACGCAACCCUCCUGCGCACUGCCACUUGUGCCAUCUUGGCACAGUCAUUUCUUGACCAGACUGUUCCUGGCACGGCGCAUCUCGUCUACGAGGCAAAUAAGGUUCUUCAACGGGCUAUUAAGAUCCAGGCUGUCGCACGUGGUGUGCAGCCGUAUUUCACUACCGGCAUCAAAUCGGAAGCAACAAAGGGACAAGAAGCUCACUUCCUCCACCGGUGGGCUUCGAACCGCUCGCUAGCUGAGUUGAUUCCCAGUGGUGUGUCUGCAAUAGCCCGCUUCGAUAAUGAGAGUAACAGCAUCUUUUUGCGUGUGAAGGCGCUUUUUCCAGAUGCUGUGUGCGCUGAUAUCAGUACUCUCAUCCGGUCAUCUGCUCUUCUGCCUCAGCAAGGCGAAGUGCAUACAACUCUACAGAUCGCGAAUGGUAUUGUCUCGCAGCUGGCAGACAGCUCCAACGAGCCCAUCAAUACCAUCCGCAUCGAAGCAGUUCCGAAGACUCCGAUUGAUGUGUUGACAGGCCUGCAUGUUGUCGAUUGGACAGGCACACAGAAACCACCUGUGCCUGUUCAGUCGGCCAGUUCACAGAUCAACUUGUCUGCUCAGAAGACCUACCUUCUUGUAGGAAUAGCAAAUGAUUUAGGACAGUCGGUUGCGCAGUGGAUGAUUAGUCGUGGUGCACGCAAGGUGGUCAUGACGAGUCGAACGCCAAAAGUUGAGCCGUCCUGGCUCUACGAAAUGGGGAAAUUGGGGGCACGAGUGAUUGUUAUGGUUAUGGACGUAACUGACCGCGACUCCAUCCUCCUCGUCGACCGUGAAAUCCGCCAUCAACUUCCCCCCAUCGGAGGCGUGGUAAACGGCGCCAUGGUCCUAACCGACAGCCUCUUUUCCGAACUCACCCUAGACGACAUCCACGCCACAUUCAAGCCCAAGGUUGAGGGAAGUCUCCUUCUAGACGAAAUCUACAACGACCCCAACCUCGACUUUUUCAUUCUCUUCGGCUCCCUGGUCAGCACCAUUGGCAACUGGAGCCAGUCCGCCUAUUCCGUCGCAACCAACUUCCUAACCAGUUUCGUGCACGACCGGCGCCAGCGCAACCAGGUCGGGAGUGUUAUCUGUCCGGGUGCAGUAGGGGGAGUAGGGUAUGUCUCAAGACAUGGUCGCGCACUUUCAGAACACAUGAGCAACGUGCUGGGAUCACGCGUUAUCUCUGAGCGGGAACUGCAUGAACUCUUCGCGGAGGCAAUUCUGGCAGGUCCACCAGAUUCAGGCCGAAAUCCGGAGAUCAUCGCCGCUGCCCCGUUGAGAGUACAACUAGAGUCCGCGCAGGACGUGACGGAAACAACUUCCAUUGUCAUGGAGAGCCUCGUGCUUAAGCUGCGCACUAAAUUGCAUCUAUCGCAGGACAGGAUGAUUGAUCCGGAUACGCGUCUGGCUGAGUUGGGAGUGGACUCGUUGGUGGCUGUUGAUCUGCGGAUGUGGUUUUCGAAGGAGUUGGAAGUGGAUGUGGCGGUUUUGCAGAUUCUGGGUGGUUCUUGCAUUGAGGAAAUUGCGGGCACGGCUGCGUCCAAGUUCUGACAGGGAACUGAUUAGACUGUAUUCGAUAGUGUCUAUGUAUAAGUGGUUCACUU